AUGCCUAACACUCGAACAUCGGGACUAUGUGCCUCACGCACCGGCCGGCACGCGAGUGUUUGGCAUGUGCACUUCAUGCACGAGGCUAGCUCAAUCACUUGCCUAGCAAGUGGCCUCCUGGUUAGCGAGGUGAAGAUCAUUGGAUCUUGGUCUCCUGAAAACUGGUCUAACGAUGACACUUCUAAUAUUGAUGUCAUAAUGUGCUUUUUUGGCCGCUCGAUUGAUAAAAGUCUACUCUUAUCAUUUGUGCAUCAUAAAGAAUCUUUGUUUGAAUUUUCUUUAUUUCUCAUGAUGCUCCAUGAGAGUGCUAUAUUGUUUGGUUUUGAAGAAGACAAGUGUGACUUGUUUAACGGCCGCUGGGUACCAGAUUUUAAAGGGUCUGGGUAUACAAUUUCUAGUUGUGCAACAAUUCCGACCUCGAAGAACUGUUUCAGAAAUGGAAGGAAGGACAAAGAUUUCCUUAAUUGGAGAUGGAAACCAGACAAAUGUGAUCUUCCUAGGUUUGAUCCUAAAGCCUAUUUAAACAUUGUUCGAGGAAGGACACUGGCAUUUAUUGGUGACUCAGUUGCUAGGAACCACAUGGAAUCACUUUUAUGUCUCUUGUCCCAGGAGGAAGUUCCUAUAGAUGCUUACAAGGAUUCUGAAGAUAGGAACCGCAUAUGGUACUUUCCUGGCCAUGACUUCACCCUUAAAAUCCUAUGGACAAAAUUCCUUGUUCUUGGUGAGGAGAGAGUGAUCAAUGGUUCAUCAUCUGGCAUAUUUGACUUGUAUCUUGACAAGGUUGAUGAAAACUGGGCCAGAGACCUGCAGAGCCUAGAUUAUGCUAUCGUCUCUGACGCACAUUGGUUCUUCAGACAGAUAUACCUGCACAAAGGUUCUGAUGUAGUUGCAUGUGUUUAUUGCAAUGAAGAAAAUGUAACCGAUCGAGGCAUUAAUUUUGCCCUCAGAAUGGCAUUCCGAGCUGCACUUAGUCAUGUUAAUCACUGCCAUAAAUGCAAGGGCAUAGUCACAUUAUUAAGGACAUUCUCUCCAUCCCAUUUUGAGAACGGAUUUUGGAACACUGGAGGGACCUGCAACAGGACUAGUCCUUUCAAUGGCCAGGAGAUUAAUUUUGGAGUUUCUGAGAGGGAGAUUAGAAGCUUGCAGGUAGAAGAGAUUGAACGAGCAAGAAAGACAGGGAAGAAAGGGAAGAAGUUUGGGGUUUUGGAUGUCACUAUGGCUAUGCUGAUGAGACCUGAUGGGCACCCUGGAGCUUACUGGGGUAAUAAGUGGAUGAAAGGGUAUAAUGACUGUGUUCAUUGGUGCCUGCCAGGUCCAAUUGAUGUGUGGAAUGAUCUGCUGCUGGCUGUUCUCAGGAUGCUGGAUUAA